AUGCAGCUGGUCGAUGAGCUGUCCAUGAUCUACACCACUUGCUUGAUGUGCUACGCCUCCUUCUCCUACCGGCGACCGACCCCGAUUCGCAUCGCUCUGGCCAUUUCUCUGGCCUCGCUGGCCGUCUUCAUCACCCUCUACUACCACUACCUCCAGGACCCGGUGUUCCAUCAGAAUGCCUACGCCCUGCUGACGACCGUGGUAGUUCUGCGCAGCAUGUAUACCAUGGAGGUGACGCUGCGCCCGAAGUGGCGGCAUUCCACCGAGGAGGACCGACUGGCGCGCGAACGACAGGGUCUCCCCGUACCGACCAAGGAACACCAGCAUUACGAGAACGUGCGGGACACGAAAAUCCUGAAGACCAUGUGGUUUAUGGUGGUCUACGGGCUUAGCUUGUUUCUGGGCGGCUUCUUCAUCUGGAAUCUGGACAACCACUUCUGUACGGAGAUCCGCGGAUGGCGCCGGGUUGUGGGUCUUCCGUGGGGUGUUUUCUUGGAGGGUCAUGGAUGGUGGCAUGUCAUGACCGGCAUCGGGGCGUAUCUAUAUAUCGUCUGGGGAAUUUGGCUGCGCCAUUGCCUUAACGAGCGACAGGAAGAGUUCUACCUCUGGUGGCCUCAUUUCUGGAAUUUCCCUGAAAUCAUCCGGGUCAGUCCGAAGGGACAGACCGAGAAUGGCGCGGUCAAGAAGUCUAACUGA